AUGGGGGAUACAGGUGGUGAUUCAUUGACAACUGAUGUCAACAAACAAUAUGACCUGGCCAAUAUGGUCUGGAUUAUGACAGCCGGUGCCUUAGUUUGGAUUAUGAUUCCUGGUGUUGGAUUGUUAUAUUCGGGUCUGUCAAGGAAAAAGCAUGGACUAUCAUUAAUUUGGGCUGGUAUGAUGGCCACGGCUCUUGUGUCAUUCCAAUGGUUCUUCUGGGGCUAUUCCCUUACUUUUUCGCACGAGGCCAAUAAGUUCCUCGGUAAAUUAGACAAUUUCGCUAUGAUGAAUGUUUUGGCUGCACCUUCUGUUGGCUCAGCUCUUAUCCCUGACAUUCUAUAUAUGUUUUACCAAGGCAUGUUCGCUGCUAUUACUGGUAUGCUUAUGGUUGGUGGUGCCCACGAAAGAGCUCGUUUGGGUCCUAUGAUGGUUUUCUUGUUCAUCUGGAUGACUGUCGUCUACUGCCCUAUCGCCUGUUGGACUUGGAACCCUGCUGGUUGGAUUGCCGUUAUGGGUGGUCUUGAUUUUGCUGGUGGUGGCCCUGUCCAUAUGACAUCCGGAGCUGGUGCCUUAGCUUAUGCUCUGAUCUGUGGUAAGAGAAAUGAUCCUGCUGCCACUGGAAUCCCUGUCUACAAGCCUCACAAUAUCUUUUACAUUGUUCUUGGAACAAUUUUCCUAUGGUUUGGAUGGUUUGGCUUCAACGGUGGUUCUUCUGGUAACGCUACUAUCCGUGGAUACUAUGCUGCUGCCAACACCAAUCUUGCUGCUUCUUGUGGUGCUCUUGCUUGGAUGUUCUUGGACUAUUUCAGAAAGGGAAAGAAGUGGUCUACUGUUGCUCUCUGUUCUGGUGCCAUUGCUGGUCUUGUUGGUAUUACUCCUGCUGCUGGUUUUGUUCCUAUUUAUUUUGCUGUCCCAACUGGUAUUCUUGCCGCUGUUGGUGCCAACUUGGCUGGUGAUUUAAAGCAUGUAUUGAGAAUUGACGACGGCUUGGACAUUUUUGCCCUCCAUGGUGUUGGUGGUUUCAUUGGCAGUAUCUGCACCGGUCUUUUUGCUGCCGACUAUGUUGCUGCUCUUGACGGUCUGACCGUAAUUUCUGGUGGAUGGAUCAACCAUCAUUACAAGCAGCUCGGAUUCCAACUAGCUGGUGCUUGUGCCACUCUAGGAUGGUCUUUCGUUGUCUCCGCUAUCAUCUUAUUUGCCAUGGACAAGAUUCCUGGUUUGCACUUGAGAAUGCAUGCUGAAGAUGAGGCUACUGGUACUGAUUUAUCGCAAAUUGGCGAAUUGGCCAUGUGGGAGGAAGAGGACUCAGUUAUUCCUGGCGUCCAUGCCAAUACAUUGGUUAACCCCACACCUGAAAAACACUCUCGCACCAACAGCCAGAGUGAUGUGACAUCUCCUGAGGCUCCUGUAAUUGAAGCCUAG